AUGAAGACCUUUACCGCCAUUGCAGCCUUUGCUGCCGCCGUCUGCGCUACCCCAACUCCCACCCAGCCACUGGAGGCUCGCGCUUCUUCGUCCUCCCUGACUCCCAUCACAGUGAAGGGUAAUGCGUUUUUCCAGGGUAGCAACCGAUUCUACAUGCGUGGUGUCGAUUGGCAGCCGGGCGGAUCUUCGAAGCUGGUGGACCCUUUGGCCGACAAGACCACUUGCACCCGUGAUAUUGCCAAGUUCAAGACACUAGGCCUCAACACCGUCCGUAUCUAUACCGUCGACAACACCGCCAACCACGACGAGUGCAUGCAGGAAUUGGUGGAUGCUGGGAUCUACUUGGUGCUUGAUGUCAACACGCCAUUAUACUCCAUCAACCGAGCCACCCCCUCCCCUUCCUACAACAGCGUCUACCUCCAAAACAUCUUCGCGACCAUCGAUGCGUUCGCCAAGUACGACAAUGUAUUGGCCUUCUUCUCCGGUAACGAGGUCAUCAACGACGAUACCACCACCCCUGCCGCACCCUACGUGAAGGCCGUCACUCGUGACAUGAGACAAUACCUCGGUAGCCGUGGAUAUCGUCAAAUUCCCGUCGGAUACUCGGCCGCUGAUGUCGAUUCCAAUCGUCUGGAGAUGGCUCGCUACAUGAACUGCGGCAGCGACGAUGAGCGCAGUGAUUUCUUCGCUUUCAACGAUUACUCAUGGUGCGACCCUUCUUCCUUCACUACUUCUGGCUGGGACCAGAAGGUGAAGAACUUCACUGGCUACGGUCUUCCCCUCUUCUUGUCUGAAUACGGUUGCAACAUCAACACCCGUAAAUUUGAGGAGGUCAAGUCCCUUUACAGCAAGGAGAUGUCUGCCGUCUACUCUGGUGGUCUCGUCUAUGAGUACUCUGAGGAAGGAAGCAAAUACGGUCUCGUUACCAUCGCCGGUGGCAAAGUUACCGAUCUUCCCGACUUUGCCAUGUUGCAGAAGGCAUUCGCAGGAACUUCGAACCCAACCGGUGAUGGUGGAUACAACGCUACCGGUGGAGCAUCCAGCUGCCCCCCGAAGUCAUCAACCUGGAAUGUUGCUGAUGACUCUCUCCCCGCUAUUCCGGAAGCUGCUGCUGCGAUGAUGAAGAACGGUGCUGGAAAGCCUGUUGGUCUAGAGGGCAAAGGGUCACAGAACGCUGGCGGAACCUCCACCGGCACUGCUAAGCCUGGCUCUGGAUCCGUCACCGCUGUUUCUUCCGGCACUUCCACUGCCAAGAGCAGCGCUUCUUCCCUCCAGGGAGAUAUGGACGUCCGCCCCAUGAUCGUUAGCGGUAUCAUCCUCGCAUGCUCCUUCUUCGGCGCUGCCCUCAUUUAA